AAAGCGGCAAAGUCCUAGUUGUUUGCGUUCACCAAUCAACCAGGAAGGGAUAUCUGGCGCGAGUUGAUCGCGGAGGAAAGACUCAACCCCAUAUUCAAUAGAUGCGAUUUCGUAGAAGCUAUCUUAAGUCUCCAGACCGCGUACCUAACCUAUAGGCCUUUUGUCAGGCUACGUUGGCACUCCGAGACUCAUUUGACGUCGUUCUUGGUCAGGAUGAUCAGCCUUUAGUAUCGAUGGGUUUUCAACCGCCCCAUUUUCAUUGGCUACUGAUACCUGCCAGUCUUGUCCAUUAUGCCGAAGUGGGAUGGACCCCUGAUAUGACCCGCUAUCAGAUCCCUGGGUGAAUCUGUGUAGAUCCUGGGGGCUAACGGGAGGGGAGCCCCGGCCAUACCAAUUUAGGAGAGUAUCAUUAGGGAUAAGGGAAAAGAAUAUCGCGGCUUUCUUGAAUGAUAGACACCCUGGGCGAAGCCUUGGGCGAGCAGCUACAUAUUGACAAUGUAGAUCAAAUCAUAUAAACGGUUGAAUAUAUAAAGAUGUCGAUAUCUUCCCAAAUUGUGCACUCUCGACCUUCUCUCGGUCGUAGCCAGGGAUUUCACUCUUUCUACAUUACUUAGCGCUCUUUAUUUCGGUUCACGAUGGCUAUCCUUCGCAAGAUCGCCGCCUCCUUGGCGAUUUCCUCCUUGAUUGGAGCUACCGUUGCCCACCCGGGUGACAGCAAAGAAGUAGUCCGACAUGAAAAGGCUAUGCGCGGGCACGCUCAAGCUCACGCUCGACGUGCCAUCACCGGUUGCGCGGAGGAAACUACAGCUCUAAAGGCUCGCUCCGUCGCUCGCCGUGCUGCUGCUGCUCAAGCACUUCGUGAGAAGCGCGGUCUCACUGACAAGCGCAUGAGGUCCAAGCGAGACCAGGCUGCUCUAGAAAAGUAUUUGAAUGUGUCGCAUGAUGCUUCGGAGUCAGGAUAUUCUUUAGAUACCCCAUUAGACGUGAUCUUCUCCUCAAACGCGACCGCUGCUCUCAUUCCUGAGGUUACGAUUGGCCCAUACUGGGUUGCAGGCGAGUUGAUUCGGGCUGAUGUUACCGAUAACGAGCCAGGUGUACCGCUCCACCUUGACAUGCAGUUCAUCGACCUCAACACAUGUGAAGCAGUCCCGAACAUGCUAAUCGACAUCUGGCAUUCCAACGCCACCGGUACCUACAGUGGUGUCGCCAUGAUGGGUCAGGCCGGUCUCAACACCACCUAUUGCCGUGGAAUCCAGACCACCAACGAAGACGGUGUAGUCGAGUUCGACACUGUCUUCCCUGGUCACUACAUAGGCCGAACCCCUCACAUUCAUGUGAUGAGCACCACGAACGCGACUGUGUUACCCAACAACACCUACGUCCUCGACGGCAAGACCAACCACAUCGGCCAACUUUUCUUCGACCAGAGCCUCAUCGACUCCGUCGAGGAGCUCGAGCCCUACAACCUCAACAAGCAGCCCCUGACUCUGAACAUCAACGACGGGAUCGACGCCCAGACAUCUACGGCCGAUUACGAUCCUUUCGUCGACUACAUCCAGCUCGGCGAGAGUCUGCAGGAUGGUCUCCUCUCCUACAUCACCGUCUUCGUAGACACCACCUCCAACCAGACUGCCUACGCCCACCCCGCUGCGCACUACUACGAGGGAGGCGGUGUUGCUUCUCCCGGCGGCGGCUUCCCUGGUGGUCCCGGCUUCCCCCCUGGCGGACCCGGAGGCCCCGGAGGCCCGUUCCCCCCUCCCCCUAACAGCACGCAAGCCGCGUAGGACGUCAUCAAUGAUCGGUGUCUAGAGGAUGGAAGUAGAGAGAGGCAUGUGGUGUAGAAACAGAGUGUGGUUAGGUAGUUGUGUAUAGCCCGCAAAAAUUCGCUGUUACAUAAGGCCGCUGCGGCGAAGUAUGAUAAUAAACGGUCAUUACCGCCGUGUCAAUUACUGUUGUCGUCUUUUUAAGCAAGAUCCUUGAAAUGUGUUGUC